UGGCAAGGCUUUCUCAUUUCAGACUUCACCCAUUUCCUGUUAACAGGAGAACCACCAGCACCUGCGCUGAAAACCAAGAGAAAAAAACGGUUAACUCAGAUUACCAGAAGAAAUGAAUGUGCAGCACGAAGUACAGUUAUUAGUCGAAGAGAUACAGCGACUUGGCAGCGCAAAUGCCGAUGGAAAGAUCAGUGUGAAGUUUGGAGUCUUGUUUAGAGAUGACCGAUGUGCAAACCUCUUUGAAGCAAUGGUAGGAACAUUAAAGGCUGCCAAACGCAAGAAGAUUAUCUCUUUCCAGGGAGAGCUGCUCCUGCAAGGUGUCCAUGAUGAUGUGGAUGUUGUACUGCUUCAAGUAUAAGGCAUACUGCACAUAAUGUGCUCUGUAUUGACUUAAUAAAAGCCAGUUUGCAUUGAAGAAAGAUCAUGCAGUUCACAAUAAUUGAACUUUUUUGCCACUAAAUAUACAAAAAAAUUAUAUAUAUGGCAGUUUGCAUUUUUGUAAAGCAGUAUUUAAAUGUUUUCUCCUUUAAUGUCACCUAUUUUAUACAGUGAAAAUGUGUAUAAUGUUGAAAGAGGAAAGCGCACAUUACAUUUAUACUGUACAAAUAUGUAUUUGUCAUAUAUAUUAUCUGUGAGUAAUGUUGUAAGAAACCAUAACAAAGAGAUAAUCAUGUGUUACAAUGUCACUGUAUGAAAUUGCACAUCUAGUUAAUGGGUUAAACAAAGCACUGUAAGACAGUGAGGCCAAGCAAACCUGGUUUAUGUGUACAAGCUUGAAUAAUGUUGCAGGCCUUUUUGUAUUAUAUUGCUUAUAGUAGGGAUAUAUUUUGUGUAGUGGCACUGGAAUAAUUUUUAAAGUGGGGGUGCUGAAAGCCAUUGAACAAAACUAACCCCUGUAUAUGAUGGAAGCCAUGCAAAGCCAAGGGGUGCUCCCGCAGCCCCAGCACCCCUAGUUCCAACGCCCUUGAUUUUGUGUGGAUCUAAUGUCUUUACAGAUUAAACCAAAAUAUUUUUUAAUCAUCGUGUGAGCCAGUUUAUUGAACAAUAAUAAAUACCGUCCGCAUUGAAGCUAGGAAAAGAACCAUUUUCGACAUAAUAAACAUUUGUGAAAUUCA